AUGGCCGUUUUCGCGCCCGCGGCGCCGGCGGCGGCGGCCGCCGUGCCGGCGGAUCAGGGCAGCGGCAGGUCAAUCGUCAAGACCGCCUCUGGCAUCAAAUACACUGACCUUGAGGCGGGCGGCGGCGAGGCGCCGAAAGUGGGUGAUCUGGUGAUGUGCGAUCUGGUGCUGUCCCUAGAAGACGGCAGCAAGGUGCUCGACACGCGGGAGACCGGCACGCCCAUAGCGUUCCAAGUCGGCAUCACAAACCCGCUCGUCACUGAGGGUCUGGAGGAGGUGGUCAGGGGCAUGAAGGCCGGGGGCACGCGGCUGGCGGUCGUGCCGCCGGCGCUAGGCUACGGGGCUAAGGCUACGCAGCCGCGCGGCAUCGACGCGCCCAUCCCAGGCAACGCGGACCUCUAUUAUGAGGUCGAGCUCCUGCGCUGCCAGGGCACCCCUGUGGGCACGGCGUGCUGCUCCGAGGCCAAGUUUGCGGAGCGCGGCGGCGCGUGCAUCCCCGCGGAGACGCUGAAGCAGCUGGAGGCCAUGAUGAGCCUCAACAUCAAUCUGUGA